GACAGUGGCCAGUGGUGGGAGGAGCUUCGUCUAAGACCGGCGGCGGGGAGGGGGGAGUCUUCAAACGCCGGGCAGGGAUUGAAACGCAGCUGCAUCUUUAAAGUAUUAGCAGCCUACUUUAAUAUUGGUCCCCCCGCCCCGCUUCGCCGGUAGGUUUUCACUGUGACUCGACGCACGGCUGGAGAAAAUGUCUAACGUCAACUGGAAGCCCUUUGUUUUCGGCGGGCUAGCAUCUGUGACGGCGGAAUGCGGGACCUUCCCAAUCGACCUAGCCAAGACGCGUCUUCAAGUUCAAGGCCAAGUUGGCGACAGCAAAUACCGAGAGAUCCGCUACAGAGGCAUGCUCCAUGCUAUAGUCAGGAUAUGCAGAGAGGAGGGGCUCCUGGCACUCUAUUCAGGAAUUGCUCCUGCCAUGCUGCGCCAGGCCUCCUAUGGGACCAUAAAAAUUGGCACAUACCAGAGCUUUAAGCGACUGCUGGUUGACAGACCAGAGGAUGAGACAUUGCUGACUAAUGUGAUGUGCGGCGUUCUCUCUGGAGUCAUCUCCUCCUCCAUCGCCAACCCCACUGAUGUGCUGAAGAUCCGCAUGCAGGCUCAGGGAAAUGUGAUCCAGGGCAGUAUGAUGGGCAACUUCAUCAACAUCUACCAGCAGGAGGGAACAAGAGGACUGUGGAAGGGCGUCUCUCUAACGGCUCAGCGGGCGGCCAUCGUGGUCGGGGUGGAGCUACCGGUCUAUGACAUCACCAAGAAGCAUCUGAUCCUGUCAGGCUACAUGGGGGACACCGUGUACACACACUUCCUGUCCAGCUUUGUGUGUGGUCUGGCGGGGGCUUUGGCCUCCAACCCAGUGGACGUAGUCCGGACACGCAUGAUGAACCAAAGAGGAGGAGCUCUGUACCAGGGAACAGUGGACUGUAUACUGCAGACGUGGCGCUCCGAGGGCUUCAUGGCCCUCUACAAGGGUUUCUUUCCCAACUGGCUCCGCCUGGGCCCGUGGAACAUCAUUUUCUUCCUCACAUAUGAACAGCUGAAGAAGAUCAAUGUGUGACUGGCAGAGUGAGACGGUGAAGAAGAGACGAGUAUGAGCGCACACUCUGAGAUGAGCUGAGAGGACCAAAAUCUGGAUGGGGAUGGAUCCUUGAUGGAACCACUGAACGGGGGCAGGGGGUUUAUGUAGACCUGUGUGUGAGUGGCGGCAUGAGAAUUUGCCUGAUUCCUGUUUGGGCUACAUGUCUCCUAAAGUCUGUGGCAAGUGUGGAAGACACUCCUAUCUGAUGUUUUCGCUCAUCUGAAUGCUAUGUUAAGCUCAUUUAAAUUUGAUACUGGCCCCUUAGAUUCAUGUCAUCUAAUUUAUUGACGGGUAAAUGGCAGAGAAAUGUAAGACGCAAAAACUGGCCAAGACUCUAAUGUCACGAGGGGUUUUCAGUCUUCUACAUUUACAAGCGGUCUCCAAACGAGUGCCUUAGUUUGUGAUAGAGGCUGCCUGCGCCUGAGUUGCAUAAGUACUGAGAAUGUUGGAUAGCAGCUGACAUUUGCAGCGAUCAUUCCCUUUUUGGACAGAAAAUAGUUUGUGUGCACGAGUCAACAAACUUGGACUAGGAUGUGGUGUUUUUCUUUUUUCUAUAUUUCUAAGUUGGGUGUGUGGACAGGUGAAAUUAUUUAUACUAAGUCUCCCCCGGAGUAUUUAGUAAAGAGCCAAGAACGCAUCACUGUAUACUGCAAUAAAUAACAGCCUGAAGACCAGUGUGGGUGCUCAGGCAGGACACACGCACACACACGCCCAUAUGUGGCGAGCCUAGUGGUCCCUCAUGCCAGCAAGUGCAGUCAGUAAAUAUAAUCUGGGGCAGCUGGGUGUUGACCCUGCACUCCCUGCGUUCUUGUGUUAUCAUCAUAUACGAUGCUGUAAAGACUUAUUACAAACGCAGACGUUAUUACAUAUUAUAUCCCACACCGCUUUAGGUUUAGACCACUGGGUCAGAUUAGGGUAUCCAUGGCACGUCAUUUGACGAUGUUUAGUGCUUGAAGGCACUAACACCACUGCACAUGAUCCACAGUUAACUCCAGGUACAUUUUCAUAUGCUGUAUUUGCACGCUGAAUGCUUUUCUGUGAGCUUUCAUUGCAAAGAAUGAAUAUGCUGCUGAUGGUGUGUGAGCUGCCAAAGUGUAAGCCAGUGUAAUUUUGUCAUAUUUUUGAUACUUUUGAUGUUGAUGUAAAGGCUUCUGCAGCCCUGUAUAUUUGAAAUAAAAGUGACAAACCCACUA